AUGUCUCUCCAGAUUCCAGCAUGUUUGCUGCGUAGAACUCUACGCAGCUCGUCCGUGUUGGAGCGAGUCACCGUCGCCAGAACGAGCCCCGAGCAGUCUCACCUGUUCGGCCUGCGGCCGUACUCGCAGGCGGUCGCCGAGUCUGAAGAGACCCAUCCUAGCAAUGAGACUGCAGCGUCGUCCGAACCACUUCGCAAAUCCACAAAAUCCAAUCGAAAUGCCCCUCAUAAGCAUCGGAGAUUUGGUCAUAAUGGCCCCGUCUUGGACGUGGAGAAGCGGAAACAGGAAGAACGCCUGCUGAUGGCAAUCGCUAGCGGAUCGACUCCUGAGAGUGGCGAGAUGAAUGACGAGAUUCGCAGUGCCAGCUAUUCCCGCAAGACCAUCAGCAUGGAGUUGAAAUGGCUGGAGGAUCCUCGCGAUCUAGCAGAUCGUGUCGCUCGUCUAUUGCGCAGCGGCGAUCCUGGCAUGGCCGCAGCUCUGGUCCGUCAAGCACAAAAAGAUGGCAAGCGAUGCGACGUGGCCUGGAAUCAUCUUCUGAGCUAUUGCAUGCAACGGGGUUUCCCGCAAGCCGCGUUCAAGCUGUAUAAUGACAUGAAAAAACGAGGUCGAAUGCCUAGCUCGGUGACAUAUACGUUGAUGCUGAAAGGUCUCGCCGAUGCUCCCAAAUCGCCCGCCAACAUCAAGAUGGCCGAAUCCAUUUACAGGUCUAUUGAGCAUUCCGAUGUCGAUCUCAGUAUAAUCCACACGAAUGCAAUGCUUUCGGUGUGCGACCGCCAUCACGAUAUGGACUCAUUGUGGCGGAUUGCUGGAGAACUUCCCGAGGAGGGUCCACAGGCGCCCGACAUGCGCACCUAUACGAUCAUUCUCGGUGCUCUCCAGUAUUCAGCGCGCAACGACCUUGAGAAGAUCAGCCCGGCAGACACAGAUAAGAUCGUUGAAAGGAAAGAUCAAAUGGUGAUGGAAGGAAAGAGAAUCUGGGCAGAUGUCCUGUACCGGUGGACCAAGGAUCAGUUGCAAAUUGACAAUCAUGUUGUCAAUGCUAUGGCUAGUCUGCUCCUGGAGGGUGCUCGAGAACGAGAUUACUACGAUGUUCUUGCGCUUUACAACCAAACCAUGGGAAUUCCCAUUUUUGCCAAAAAGCCAGCUGAGACGCAAAAGGCCUCGCGGUUCACAAUGUUCCGUCUGGCAUUCUUGCGGCGGUCGGCGGCAGAAUCCGAUCACACUGAGGACGUGCCAUUUGUGGACGAGCACAACCGUCCCUUGCGCGAAGAACCUGAGAAGUCUGAGAAACAGGAACUUCUAGAGGGAGAGGAAGAGGAGAUUGAGAAUUUCGACUUGAUAUUCGACCCCGUCCUACCCAAGAACGAGGGGUUGACCUACAUUCAGCCCGGCAGCAAGGAGCUCACUUUCAUUGAGGAUGUCUGUCAUAGACUCCCUCAAGGUUUCGCUGCAGGCUAUUCCUACUGGGAUUAUUUGACAAUUGAGGUGGAGACGCGGUUCGAGCCUGAUGCGGUUGCCCUGGCUCAAUAUAUGCGUCUCCUUCGCGCUGGCCGAGCCAGCAAGAGGGCUGUUCAAGUCAUGCAAAAUCAAGCACUACCCUCAGGUCUUGCUAAUGAGAAAUUGUUUCAUCUUGCGAUGGCGUGCUGUCGUCGUGAUCGCAACAAUGCCUCGGUUCUUCUGCAUGCGAAUGAGCUCUUGCAAGUCAUGCACAAGGCUUUGAUCCUGCCUGAUCCAAGAGUCCUCGAAUCGUAUCUGGAGCUGGUCCAGUCACUGGCUCAAGCUCCACACGUCCUUCUCAACUUGCGAGGCCUGCCUAAGGAGGGUCGUGGCAAGAAGAUCAAUGAUCUCAAGGCUCUGGGUAAGAAGCUUCACGUUGACCUCCAUGUCGCUGCCAUGGGCGCUUUGCGUGUUCCUGUUUCUCAGCUUCAUGAAGCCUUACAAGGUGGCAAGCCUGAACGCGGGUCUCGAUGGAGUGCCCUGAAGAACGGCUCAGCCAAUAUACCUGCAUCUCUGGCUGUCAAGGUGAUGGCUCGCGUGCGCACUGUCAUCGACGAAUUACUAAAGGCAGAGUACGCCUCUGUCCUGUCAAAGGAAGAUCGAAAGGUCUUACAGAUGGACUCCAAUUCACUGAAGACCUAUUCGGACAAGGAGACUAUCAAGAAGUUUGUUCAGAUGUCAGUCUAUCCUACCAUCGACCAGAAGAAUGCCUUCCAGGAGCGACACGUGCAAGUGGUGGAGGAGGCUCCAGCUUUGACUGAGAAGGAUCAUCCAACGGAGGGGUCCGAAUCAAUCCCAGCUUCCACGGCAUCUGAAGACGGGAAGAAAGAUAUACGCGACUAA